CAUUUAGUUCUCACACAAGCUGCUGAUGAUGCUAAAAAUUUGUUGAUGUUUUCUAAUUGGCGAAAAGCAUAAAAUUUUCAAAGUUAAGUCUACGAAAUGAGCAGUAAAAAGCGAAUGAAGGGAGGCGACUGCUGCUGCCCCCCGCCGAAGCCCAUACGCUGUGAGCCGACGUUCUCGAGAUCAGUGCGUUACUAUGAACGGGAUCCGUGCUGCCAUGAGCAUUGUCGCAUUUACGGCAUACACGAUGAGCCCUAUGUGCGACCCUUCGAUCCUAAGGAGUGCAAGGCUCUGAAUCGUGAGUUUCAUGACAAGUCCUUGGGCUCUCCAUUGGGCAUCGUAUACGGGCUGGUGCCUACAAAGUCCGGCGUACCGAAUGCGGAAUCAAUACGAUACGCUGGCAUUCUGAAAGCAUUUACGGCCACAUACUUUACCAGGCGCAACGAGUGGACACCGGAACUGAUCGAUCAGGUCGUGGCCGAGGGCCAGGUGCUGUUCAGCGACUCGGAGGGCAUGGAGGAGCCCAACGCCAAUCGGUAUCCAGAGGUCUAUGACAACAACGAGCAGAUGGUCACAAGGCACUUCAAAAUUAAUGAGAUUGAGUUUGCUGUCGAGCUGGAUGCACCCUUCGAGGUGUACGGCCUCAAGAGUAAAAUCAAAAAUAUCCGACGUAUUCUAUCCACAUUCUAUAAGAAGCACAAAAUCGGCAUCUUCUUGUCGGGCACUACAUAUUUGCUGAUAUGGAAGGAUGCGGGCGUGUGGUUGGUGCUCGAUCUGAAUGGACGUGACAAGGAUACGCUGAAACAAAACCAGGACGGCGGCUUUCCAAUUAUACUGGCCAUGCGCUCCAUUGACAAUGUCCUGCAUCUAAUUCGCGAGGAGUGCAAUCUGGAUAGAUCGGCCAAGUUCACGCUGCGCGACAUGCUGGUGGUGCGCCUGGUGACGCCCGGGCCGCAGGGACGCAGCCAGGAGCGUGAGUUCGGGCCACGGAUGAGCGAGUUCGAUGUGAUUGCCUCCGACUAUGGCUAUCUGAAGUCGAAUCUGCACUUGACUCUAAACCCAAAGGAUGCGCUGCGCAAUCGCAGCGCCCUGCCCGUGGCUGUGGCCACGGCGUUGGCCUCCAAGAUCGAUCAUCCGGCCACGUGGGACAUGAAGAACUAUGAUAAAGUGCUCUGCUAUGGCGUCAACAUGUGCAAGAACUGCUGGGAGCCCUGCACGGAUAUCAAUCAGCCAAUGGACCUGGACACGUUCCCGCGCCAAGUGCGCAUGGGCCAAUUCGUGGCCGAGGUGAUGCUCACCCCGAACGUGUACGAGGGCUGGUGGAAAUGUGUGCCGAUGUACAAGUACAACGACUUCCAUUUGAUGCUGGAGAAGGCAAUUGAGGAGAACGAUUACCUCAUCUUCCAGAUCAACAAUCAGAUGUAUUCGCUGUGGAAGAAGGGCGACUUCAUCUAUCUAAUGGAUCCCUAUCGCCAUCACAUUGUCGGCCGCAUACUCGAGGAGGGCGACGAUCCGAAGAGUGCCUCGGUGCGCAUGUUUGGCAACAUCGAUCGCCUGCUGAGCGUCUUCCACCAGAUACUGCUCGAAUCGAAUCGUUCGGCCAUCUUUCACAUACACACGCUGCGUAUACGCAAUAUCACCGAAUGCCCACCGGGCACGGCGCCCAUGCUGUUGCCACCCGACCAGGAUGUGGAGGUGGCUUCGCUUAAUGAGACCAUACGCUUCGAUGAGAACUACGACAAGUGCAUGGAGGAUCUGGCCGCAAUCAGUGAUUACGAGGAGGACUUGGCCUCCGAAAUCGAGCCCAUCGAGGAGGUCAGCUCAUCCGAGGAGAUGGUCGAGGAGGAAGAAGGCGGCGAAGCGGGCCCCGGCGAAGGCGGCGAAGACGAUGACGAGCCCGACGAAUAACCGUGAACUGUCUCCAGUCUAUUUAUACAUUUUCAUGUUUGGUUGAUUAAAUUCAAGUUUCGUCUUUUUAGAAA